AUGUCAAAACUUUACAAUUUUAUACAAAAGUUGUUGCCAGAAAAAAUGUCUGGUAAUAACAUGACAAAAAAUCAACUUUUAGCAGAAGUUAAUAGACUAAUGACAGCACUUGAUGAUCAAAAACGAGAAAUGAAAGAAACUCAUGCUAAUGAAAUCAAAACAAGAAAAAAACAUGAAUAUGAAUAUAGCGAAAGAUUGAAAGAAAAAGAUAAGAUCCUUAAACAUGAAAAAAAAACUUAUAAACAUGAAAGAGAAACUCAUAAACAUGAAAAAGAAGAAAGAGAAAAAAUAUAUAAACGUGAAACAGACCUUAUGCAACAAACUAUUAAUCGUUUAGAACAAACUAUUAAUAAUUUACAAACUCAACUUAGAAAUUAUGAAAAUGUUUCUACCCCUAAAUACUAA